AUGGAACGAAUAUGGUUACUGCUCCUCCUGACAAUUCAGGUGCUUUCGGUGACUGCACAGUUCAAUGGAUAUAACUGUGAGGCCAACCUACAUAGCAGGUUUCCUGCUGAACGAGAUAUCAGUAUCUACUGUGGAGUACAGGCAAUUACUAUGAAGAUUAAUUUUUGCACAGUUCUUUUUUCUGGUUAUUCUGAGACAGAUUUGGCCCUGAAUGGGAAACAUGGGGACGCUCACUGCAAGGGGUUUAUAAAUAACAACACCUUUCCAGCAGUGGUCAUCUUCAUCAUCAAUCUCAGCACUUUGGAGUCCUGUGGAAGCACUCUUGUGGUAUCCUCAGGUCCAGGCAUCAAUGCAUAUGGGAAUGUAUCAGUGGUACAGAUAGGUAACGUUUCAGGCUACAUAGAUACGCCAGAUCCACCAACAAUCAUCAGCUACUUACCAGGGCUUCUGUACAAAUUUAGCUGUAGCUAUCCAUUGGAAUACUUGGUCAACAAUACACAAUUGGCUUCGUCAUCAGCUGCUAUUUCUGUAAGAGAGAACAAUGGGACAUUUAUCAGCACUCUGAGUUUGCUGCUUUACAAUGACUCAACCUACAGCCAGCUGCUGGUUAUCCCCAGUAUAGGUUUACCUUUGAAAACAAAAAUAUAUGCAGCAGUGCGAGCAACCAACCUAGAUGGCAGAUGGAAUGUUUUGAUGGACUAUUGUUACACCACUCCAUCUGGUAAUCCCAAUGAUGAGCUUCGAUACGAUCUCUUCUUUAGCUGCGACAAGGACCCACAGACAACUGUAAUUGAGAAUGGCAAGAGUCAGAUGGGCCGGUUUUCCUUUGAGGUGUUCCGCUUUGUGAAGCACAAGAACCAGAAGAUGUCUACAGUCUUCCUCCAUUGUGUGACAAAGCUGUGCAGAACGGAUGAUUGCCCCUUUCUUGCACCUAUUUGCAGUAACAGAGAAAGAAGAGAUGCUGUUAAGAGAACAACUUGGAGCCCUCAGAGCACCUCUGGAAAUGCUGUAAUCUCUGCUGGCCCCAUCAUUACAAGGAGCGAUGAGACACCAACCAACAAUUCACAGCUAGCUCAUCCAAAUGGACCUCCUUUCCAGCUGAACUCAGUCACCAGUGCACUGAUUUCAGGAAUAGUCAUUCUAGGGAUUAUGAGCAUUUUCUUUUUUGUAUGUUCCCUCACCCUCCUGCACAGGAAAUGGCCCAGCAGCUCAGUUUUGGGUGGCAUACGAAACCCAGUUUUCAACUAAAAGGAACAAUUAAUUUGCACUUGUUCUGGGGGUGGGGGAUUGCCUUCGUUGUCCAUGAAAUAUACUUAUGUUAUAAAUUUACCAAGGCAACAUUCUGCCAGUAUCAAACUUCAGCUAGUCUUAUUUGUAGUGUUGUAAACUUUAUUGUAUAGCUAAACAGUCAUAGUGAUGGCAAGAAUCCUACGUAAUUCUUCUCAUUUGUGUUUGUGAUCAGACUAUUGAACAUUUUGCCUGUGGGUGUACUGACAAUAAAAUUGGUGUCCUACUGUCCUACUGUCAACCAGGGUCUUAAAAUUUAAAGAUGCUUAAGAUAAAACACCUUUAAAUACACCAUUAUUAAACCAGACCUGGCCAACCUGCCACAUUCACAUUUAACCACCACCUUUGAUAAAGACUGCCUCUACUUUUACCUUUUUUGUGUAUUUUCCUACUUUAUUGUGGGACCUUAUCAAGCAAAUUAUUGUAGCUCAGAACCUACAUUUUUAUUUUCUAUCUGGAUUAAAAAUAACUGCAGAAAGAAUCAAAAUAAGUGGACGGUGAUUAUCAUUCAUUUGGAAAUGGGGUCAUAUGACAGAGUAGGCAGAAGUCUGCUCUAUCUUCUAAUUCCAUUGAAUUCAGUGGGAUUGCACACAGUGUAAGGAGAGUCAAAAUUUGGCAUGGUAUCUGUCUGUCAAAUUGUUUAGUGCUGAAAAUUCAAAGCCGUUUCCUGGGUACAAUCCUGUCGUUCACUCGGACAAAAAUCUCUCACAGGGAAGUCUUUGACAACUUUAACAGGAGCUUGCCUGCAUCAUCAGUUCAAUUUUUGCUAAGCCUUACUUAAAUGCAGUCAGCACUGCUAUUGCCUUGAGUUAAACUCUGCUGUCAUGGACAUCCUAGGGUGGAAAGAGUUUAUUCCUUUAUUUCUAAAACAAAACAACCCUCCCACCCCCGAACAACAACAAAAAACCCCAACACUUUUCAAGCCAAAAGGAUGUUUUAGGGCCAAACUCUGCAGUUUGAGCAAAAACUCCCCUGAAGUAAUUUGAAAGGACCAAUUCUGUCAUAUCAGUUGCACAGUUCAAAAAAUAAGGUGGUCUUUCCACCCAGAGCUUUCCACAAAGUGAUGCUUCCCUUUGGCUGUUUUCCCCAUGAGCUAGACUUCCUCCCUGUUUGGGGAAAAUCCUUGCAAGAACAGGCCACGUGCCUUACCAAACUCUCAGCUCCAGCUAAUCUGAUAAACCUCAGAUCAUCUGAAUUAAGUGUGAAUUAUCAUGUGUCCCUUUCAAUAGGUGUCUAUGAAUAGGAAUUUAGGUACAUCUAUCCAGGAAUCUGGAAAUGGAUAUUGGUACUGAUGACAAGCGUGGCAGUGGUAGAUACAGUAGAUAUAUUAAUUUGAUUGCUAAACAGUUAGUUAGGAUUUGGGUCUAGUCUCAGUAAGUAAACUCUUAACUUCAUUUACCAUGUACUGUACAUAUUGGCUCAGCAGCACCUCAUUGUUAUUUAUCACUUUUUCCCGUAUUAAUCAUGUGUGUGCUUUCUGUGAUGCGACAGAAGUGGUUAAUGUUCAGGGGUCUCUGAAUCUCAAGACUAAAUGCAAAUACAGACAUGUCAUAUAUCACUCUUCUUUGAUCUAGACAAUGCUGUAUAAAGGCCUGUUCAGAAAUUAUCCAGCCUGUUGUAGUGUAGGGUCUUUAACAAUAACACUGUGCAUGUUUUCCUCCAGUCUUAAUACCUCAGAAACAAUUUUUUGCACUUCAGGGGUUAGGUCUGAUGACAUGUAAAACAUGAUUGUUUAAUAGAAUAAACUGAAA